CGGCGGUGCUGGCAGUGUGUCAGCAGCAGUGGGCGAUAAGGCUGACUGGGUGGGACAAAGGGGGGCAGUGCAAUGCAGUGCAUGGCGUGGAGUGCGACAAUGAUGGCAUGAUUACUUACAUGAAAAUUCAAGAUCAGCCUCUGGACGGCCCCUUACCAGAUGCCAUCGGCAACCUCACAGCCCUCACCACUCUCUUACUCUCAAAGAAUAACCUCUCCGGCUCCAUCCCACGCUCCUCUCGCCUAACACUUUUAGAGCAACUGGGUUUGAACUACAACCCUCGGAUCACAGGGUCUAUUCCCCAGGCACUCUCAACCCUCAAGAACCUUCAAUCACUAGGUUUAGACACCAUGAAUCUAACAGGGCCUUUUCCAUCAUGGCUACCAGGUCUCAGCAAAAUCUUCAGCAUAAGCCUUUAUGGCAAUCAGCUGAGCGGAUCCAUCCCAAAUUCAUUAGCCAGCGCGGCCAACCUUUUGACCUUCUGGGUGCAGCAGAACCAAUUCAGUGGCGCCAUCCCUGAGUUCGUUGGAAGCCUCGGCCAGUUGAAUGACUUGGUUCUCAACAGCAACAGGUUCACAGGCGGCAUUCCCCAAAGCAUAGGCAACUUGAGAAACAUCACGACAUUCAUUUUGGCCGACAACCUCCUGACUGGAUCCAUCCUCAGCACCCUCUCGCGCCUCACUGCUCUUGAAACCCUGAUCUUUGCAUUCAACAGACUGAGUGGAUCCCUGCCCUCAUGGGUCACGGGGUUGACCACUCUCAAGUACAUCGACUUGAGUUACAACAAUUUCUCCGGUACCCUGCCUGCUGGUCUCGGCAACCUUCUGCAACUCACCUCCCUCUACGUGCAAAACACAUCACUCGUGUGCCCGCCUGACGCCUCCCCUUGCGUGGUCCCUCAACCUUCCAGCACUGCCUUCUGUCAACAGUGCCCCACUUUCUGCUCCGCCUGCACUAGUGCUGCGGGUGGUUCUGCUGCCGCCCCGCCCCCUGCAGCCACCACCACCACCACCACCACCACCACCACCACCACCACCACCACCACCACCACCACCACCAGCAGCACCAGCAGCACCAGCAGCACCAGCACCAACGCCACCACCACAACCGAUCAAUCCGGCCUGUCAACGGGUGCAAUCAUCGGCAUUGUGGUGGCAGCAGUCCUCCUGCUGUUGCUCCUCAUCGCUUCAGCGUGGUGGAUCCUCACAACACGUGCACGCCGCAACAAGACCACUCUUGCAGCUGCAGCCACAUGCGUCUCAGUCAGCAGCUCAACAGCAUUCCAGCAGCUCCCUCUCGAGAUGGUCACCCGCGCUACGGACGACUGGGCCAAGGCCAACCUGCUGGGGUCGGGGGGCUAUGGCGACGUGUACAAGGGCGUGUCGCCGCUCGAUGGUGUCACGCUGUGGGCUGUGAAGCGCGCCAAAGUGAUCACCAACGACUUCCAGCGGGAGGUGACCCAGAUGUCCACGAAGCACCAUCCCAACUUGGUGCGGCUGCUGGGGUUCGCAGUGGGAGGCGAUGUGCUCACACGCGUGGAGAACGUUCUCGUUUACGAGAUCAUUUCGAAUGGUGACCUCGAGCGCUGGAUAGGCGCAGAUGCACCCACGCCUCUCACCCUGCAGCAGCGGCUGGAAAUCCUAUUAGGUUCAGCGCGCGGGUUGGAGUAUCUGCACAGCUUUGGCAUCGUGCACCGCGACAUCAAGCCCGCCAACAUCCUUAUCGACGAAAACAUGCAGCCCAAGAUCGCAGACUUUGGGCUGGUGCGGGAAGGGGAUGGUACCACCGUGGCAUCGACGAGAGUGAUGGGCACGGUGGGAUAUAUGGACCCGGCUUACGCCAGAACGCACAACACCACCACUGCCACGGACGUAUAUAGCUUUGGCGUGCUGAUGCUGGUGGUGCUGUCAGGGAGAGGACCUGUCGUCACAGAGUUGAAGCAGCAGGACGAUGGUCCCGGCCAUCACCAUGAGGAACACGAGCCUAUAACCAUUGUCCAAUGGGCAAGGGAGCUCCUAUCAGCAGGAAAAGCAUCGAGUCUUGGGGAUACCCGCAUGGCGGCACCGGAGGACAUCAUCACACGCGUUGCCCAGCUGGCCAUCAGCUGCACUGCCAUGCCCACCGCCUCGCGCCCCUCCAUGUCCCAUGUGGCCCAAAGCCUGGAAGCGCUGCAGGCCGAGGUGGGAGGGGGGGACAAGAGUGCCUCACUAGCAGCAAGAGUGGAUGCGAAGAUUGCGAGCAAAAAGCCUGUGAGGAGCAUUGACGAGGAUCUGGAGCUGCUGAAUCUGCAGUUCUCAGAGGAGGGUAAGGCUGCAGCGGACUUGAAUGUAUCAGCAGCACCUCAAUCCAUGAGAUGA